AUGCAGACUGCCAUCCCAGAGCUCGAGGAAUACUCCAUCGUAGACAAGAUUGGCGAAGGCACUUUCUCCUCUGUCUUCAAGGCAGAAGAUCGCUACCAUGACCUCUAUGACAACUUCAUCUGGACCCACACUCUCCCCCAUCCCCCUUGGGACAAUGAUGGCCAACCUCGCCCGCGCAAGAGAGUCUAUGUUGCUCUCAAGCGCAUCUAUGUCACAAGCUCUCCAGAACGCAUCUACAACGAGCUGGAGGUCAUGGAAGAGCUUCGACACGCUCCCAAUAUUGCGUACUUGAUCACGGCCUUCAGAAGAGAGGACCAGAUCAUCGCUGUCAUGCCGUACUCGCGUCACCAGGACUUCAGGCACUACUACCGCGACAUCUCACUAGGCUCUCUGCGCAAUUACUUUCGCUGUCUGUUCAAUGCACUGAGCGCAACCCAUGCUGCCAAUGUCAUGCAUCGGGACGUCAAGCCAGCCAACUUCCUCUUCAACCCAGAGACUCAGCAGGGUGUCCUUUGUGACUUUGGUCUAGCUGAGCGCUUCGAGGCCCAAGACUGGAAGGGCAAGUGCCACCACACUUGCCCGACUGCUGAUGCCCCUCGAGGAUCUAUCGUCAUCAACACUUCAGUCAAUUCGACUCACACUGCACCUGGAGGCGACUUGCACCCCGACACGAUGAAUGCUUCGAGGCAUGCGAAGAAGGCCAUGAUGGGCCCUCCGCCUCAGAAAGCUGGGCCUCUCGGGUACAAGGAGCAUGACAAGAGGUCUGGCGUUCGAGCCAAUCGAGCUGGCACAAGAGGCUUCCGAGCUCCUGAGGUGCUGCUCAAGUGCCAAGAUCAGACGCCCGCUGUGGACGUCUGGUCAGCCGGUAUCAUUCUCUUGGCUUUUCUGACGCGACGUUUCCCGGUCUUCAAUGCCAAUAGUGACAUGGAGGCUCUGCUUGAGCUAAUGAUCAUCUUUGGCAAGGCAAAGAUUGCCAGGGCGGCUCUGCUUCACAACCGUACCUUCAACUGCACUGUCCCGCUGGACAAUCCUGAUGGCUGGCGUAUCACGGACUUCAUCAAGCACCUCAAUCCUUCCAUCAUGAAUCCGCCCUCUGACGACCCAGACCCAGACGCGUACUUCGAUGAGGUCGAGGAGGCUCUAGACCUCUGCCGAGUCUGUCUACACGUUGACUUGACGCGUCGUUGGACUGCAGAGGAGUGUCUGGGGCACGCAUUCCUCAGAGUGAGGAGCGAUGAGGGGUAG